AUGGGGAGCCAGCAGAGGCAGCGAGCCACUGAUGCUGACCCUGCUGCUCUGCGCGUCGUCGUGGGGGUGGUCGCAGCGGCGGCGGCGCAGAACUACAGUGCCAUCUUCAACUUCGGCGACUCCAUCACGGACACGGGCAACCUGUGCACCAACGGCCGGCCGUCGCAGAUCACCUUCACGCAGCCCCCCUACGGCGAGACCUACUUCGGCACGCCGACGUGCCGCUGCUCCGACGGCCGCGUCGUCGUCGACUUCCUCAGCUCCCAGUUCGGGCUGCCGUUCCUGCCGCCGUCCAAGUCGAGCAGCGCGGACUUCAAGCAGGGCGCCAACAUGGCGAUCACGGGCGCGACGGCCAUGGACGCUCCCUUCUUCCGCUCGCUCGGGCUCUCCGACAAGAUCUGGAACAACGGGCCCAUCAGCUUCCAGCUCCAGUGGUUCCAGCAGAUCGCCACCGCCGUCGACUGCGGACAAAGCUGCAAGAGCCACCUGGCCAACUCCCUGUUCGUGUUCGGCGGCAACGACAUUAUUUUCGGUGGCUACUCCAUCGAGCAGGCCAGGAAAUACACCCCCAAGAUCGUCAACACCAUCUCGAGGGGCAUUGAUAAACUGAUCGGCCUGGGCGCGACGGACAUCGUCGUCCCCGGGGUGCUGCCGAUCGGAUGCUUCCCGAUCUACCUGACCAUCUACCAGAGCUCCAACAGCAGCGACUACGACGACCUCGGCUGCCUCAGCAGCUUCAACGACCUGUCCACGUACCACAACACGCUGCUGCAGAAGAGGGUGGGCAUCAUCCAGAGCCGGCACAGGAAGACGGCGCGCAUCAUGUACGCCGACUUCUACUCCGUCGUCUACGACGUGGUCCGGAACCCACAGACCUACGAUGUGCUAGCAGCAUCAGAGCAAGAAUGUUCCAAAAAUGAGUUUGUGAUCAUCGUGCCGCGCAGUGCCGCUGCACCUCGCAAGGGCAGCUCCACUGGCGGAAUGAAAGGUGUUAUGAGCACUCAUAGUACCUAUGCUCAGAUGGAUAAUUACUUCCACGAAUACCGUGUUGAGUACCUAGCAAAUUGUGCAUCAAAAGAGAGUUAUGCAACUCCAGUCCAUCAGGCCGGCAAUGAUGACCUCACAUUGUUACAAUGGAUGCUGGCAGGAAUUGUGCCAUUAGACCUACCUCACUCACCCACCAGGGAGGUUGCUUAA